CUGAACUUAUUGCCACCAUGACGUCUAAAAACGUUUUGACACAACGUAUGUUAUCUUUUUCUACAUGGACACCACAGACACCUACACUUCUGCUUGCUUUAUUAGGUGGCAUUUCCUCAUAGCUCUACGACAGCAUCUAACCAUGCAGCAGCUCAACUCAUCAAACAGCUCGCUCACCACUAGUUUCUCAACUGAAAAUCUGAUUGCCAGUAGUGUGCUGUCAGUUUGCUUCAUACUGGGAGUCCCUGCUAACAUAGCAGUAAUGGUACGUCUUGCUGGAUGGCUGAAGAGAGGCAGUUUCACCCCGAGACUGAUGCUAAGCCUGGCCGUAUCAGAUCUGCUCACUCUGCUUUCUCUGCCAGUUUGGAUUUGGGCUCUUCUGCAUGGCUGGGUCUUUAGCUUGGUCCUGUGUAAGCUUCUCUCCUAUUUGGUGUACUUAAGCCUGUACUGUAGCAUGCUGUGUGUGAUUUUGAUGAGUGUGCAGCGAUACAUACAAGUGCUACAUCCUCAGAAAUGGAACAAGCUUGGCAGAAAAGGAAAGAAGAUCCUUGUGAGUGGGAUUUGGAUCCUAAGUGGAGUAUUAUCAUCCUAUGCUCUCGUACAGCGCACGCUAAGCUUGGACAGGGAAGGACACCUUCAGUGCAGACUACACUAUCAGAAUGAUGUUGAAAGAGUGGCUACUUUAAUCUGGGAGAUUAUACUUUUUGUGGUUUUGUUCCCCACACUGACUUACUUCUACUUUCAUCUUUCCCGAGGAGUUAAUAACUCAGCUUUCUUUAGCAGUCGGUCAUUGACAAAGCUGGUGACCAGAAUCAUUGCGUGUUUCUUUAUUUUGUGGGUCCCGUUACAAAUCUCCAACAUUGUGAUCAUCACUGCUGCAUUGCUGAGGAAUGACAGUCUGCUAAGAUCUGCAGAACGUAGUGAGACUAUUACUGCAGCUCUGACUUUCAUUAACAGUUGUAUGAACCCCUUUCUGUACGGCUUCUCUGCUCGGGCUGUACGUCAGCAAACAGAUGGAACAGAAAAUACUUAAUUCCUUCAUAAUGUAGAGGUUUGAGAGAGUUUAUGGAUUUUCUCUGAGAGCCAGUGACUUGUUGCAUUUUAAAAGGAUCUGUGUAUAAUUCUGCUUAUUAUUGAAGUCUGUUGUUAUGAAGUGAGGUUGUAUAAUUUGUCAAAUAUUUAAUCUGUUUAAUACAAUUUGGGUAAUGCGAAAGUACAGUGACCUGAAACAGAGGAGUAAGCCAUGAACUGAAUGGUUUAAACAGAUUAUUUAUUUUCUGGAUGGCCAAGACAAAGUCCAACCCUCAUGCCAGUUGAGGUAUUGUGACAUGACCUGAGGAGAGCAUUUCAUCACGGGAUUUCCUUUAAUAUUAACAAACUGAAACAGUUUUGUAAUAACUAAUGCCCUAUAAUUUGUCCCACCUACAGUGCAAGUCUGAUCAGCAGCUUGAUGAAAUGUUUGGUGAAGGUGAUUGCUUGCUGAAAUACACUAAAUCGCCAAAAGCAUACUUAAUUCCUGGGUUCAACUAUUCUAACAGGUAUAUAAAAUAAAACAUACAGCCAUACAAUCUUCAUCGACAAAUAUUGGCAGUAGAACAAGUGGUAUUAAAGAGUUCCGAGACAUUCAAUGUGCCACUGUCAGAGGAAGCCACCUUUGCAGUAAGUCAGUUUCUCAAAUUUCUGCUCUGCUAGAGCUGCCUUGGUCAACUCUAAGUGUUGUUAUUCUGAAGUGGAAGGAUUUAAGAGCAACAACAGCUCAGCCAUAAAGAGGUAGACCAUGCAUGCUCACAGAGCAGGAUCGUCAAGUGCUGAUGUGUGUAGCAGGCAUCACCUGUCCUCACUGCAAAAAAAACGACACCUUAGCAAGUAAAAAAGCUUGAGUAUAGUCAAAUAUAUCUAGUAUUUCCUAUUAUAAUAUUACCAUAAACCAAAGAUUAUUAAACCUAUUUCUAGACAUUUUUAUUCAUUUCAAACUUAAAGUAUUCUGGUCC